AUGUCGGACAGUGAAAGCGCAGACAAAGACAAACCAAUAACUAACGAAGAAACCACCGAGAAACCGGAGGAACUUCCGGUAACUUGGAAAGAUUUGGGUCUUGUAGAUGCUUUGUGUAAAGCUUGCGAACAGUUAAAAUGGAAAGAACCGUCGAAAAUUCAAAAGGAAGCCAUUCCGCUGGCUUUACAGGGCAAGGAUAUCAUUGGAUUGGCUGAAACUGGAUCUGGAAAAACAGCUGCGUUUGCUUUGCCGAUUUUACAGGCCCUUUUAGAGAAUCCCCAGAGGUAUUUUGCGUUGAUUUUAACGCCUACAAGAGAGUUAGCAUUCCAGAUAUCUGAGCAGUUUGAAGCAUUAGGUUCUACUGUGGGAGUAAAAUGUGCAGUAAUAGUAGGAGGAAUGGACAUGAUGUCCCAAGCUUUGAUUCUCGCCAAAAAACCUCACAUUCUAAUAGCCACACCUGGUCGAUUACUUGAUCAUUUGGAAAAUACCAAGGGCUUCAGUUUGAGAGCCCUGAAAUUUUUAGUAAUGGACGAAGCAGAUAGGAUUCUAAACAUGGACUUUGAAGUCGAGGUGGACAAGAUCUUGAAAGUUAUACCUAGGGAUAGGAGGACAUACUUAUUUUCAGCUACAAUGACAAAGAAAGUAAAAAAAUUACAGAGGGCUUGUCUGCAGGAGCCUGUUAAAGUUGAGGUGUCCACGAAAUAUCAAACCGUGGAGAAAUUGCAACAGUAUUAUGUUUUCAUACCUGUCAAGUUUAAGGACGUUUAUCUGGUUCACAUUUUAAACGAACUAGCCGGAAAUAGCUUUAUGAUUUUCUGUUCCACCUGUAACAACACCAUAAGAACCGCAUUGAUGUUACGAAAUUUAGGAUUGACUGCUGUACCAUUACAUGGUCAAAUGUCUCAAAAUAAACGUUUGGCCGCUUUAACGAAAUUCAAGGCCAAAAACAGAUCGAUAUUGAUAUCCACAGAUGUCGCUAGCAGAGGUUUGGACAUUCCCCAUGUUGAUGUGGUUGUUAAUUUUGAUAUACCAACUCACAGUAAAGAUUAUAUCCAUAGGGUUGGUAGGACUGCAAGAGCUGGAAGGUCUGGAAAAUCUGUCACGUUUGUAACGCAGUAUGAUGUAGAAUUGUAUCAAAGGAUAGAGCAGUUGAUAGGAAAACAGUUGCCUCUUUAUAAAACUGAGGAAGAUGAAGUGAUGGUUCUACAAGAACGAGUAGCUGAAUCACAAAGGAUAGCAAAGAUGGAAAUGAAGGAUUUAUCUGAUAAAAAGGGUGGAAAAAGGAAAAAAGGCGGUGGUGAUGACGAUGAUGAUACCGAAGGUGCUAUAGGCGUGAGGAAGAGGUUAAAAGGAAAGCAGAAGAAAACUGGACGGAAGAAAUAA